AAAAAGGAUGCACAUGGUAACACUGAAAUUCUCGUCAAAAAGAAAAAUGCCGCUGCAAAAAAGAAACGUAAUGAUAAAGGUUGGUUUCCUGCGUUGACAGUGGAAUUCGUGUAUUUUCUUUAUCACUCCAAUAGAUUCAAGAAAAAUGUUCGAAAUGAGUAUGGCGGAGCCGAUGGUUGUGGAUGUACCACUGGAAGAUAAUGAGAACAAUGAGGCGGAAUGUUACGUGGUUGAAAAUCCUAGUUUAGAUCUCGAGACAUAUGCUGCAUCUUAUACUGGCUUUGCUAAAUUGUACAGAUUGAUGUUCAUAGCUGACCAUUGCCCACAAUUGAGAUUAGAAGCUUUGAAGAUGGCAAUUUCUUACGUUAUGACCACAUAUAACGUAAAUCUCUAUCAAACUCUUCAUAAAAAACUCGCUGAAGCCAUUGCUUCUGCUGGUUUACCGGAUGUUGCUGUCCAAAUGGGCUCUCAAGACAUACCUGUCUUAGAUACAAUGUGGGUGGAAGCAAAAACCAAAAAAGCUGCUAUAAAGCUUGAAAAACUAGACACUGACCUCAAGAAUUAUAAAACAAAUUCAAUUAAAGAGAGUAUCCGGAGAGGUCAUGAUGAUCUUGGAGAUCACUAUUUGGAUUGUGGAGAUCUCACUGGAGCAUUGAAAUGCUAUUCUAGAGCUCGAGAUUACUGUACAAGUGGUAAACAUAUUAUUAUGAUGUGCCUCAAUGUUGUUAAAGUAUCAGUGUACUUGCAAAACUGGGCACAUGUUCUUAAUUAUGUAUCAAAGGCGGUUGCCACACCAGACUUCAAUGAAAUUCCAGGAAAAGAUUCCAACCAGUCCAUUUUGACUCGCUUAAAAUGUGCUGCGGGCUUAGCUGAGCUAGCAACAAAGAAAUAUAAAUCUGCCGCAAAGCAAUUUCUUGCAGCAAGCAUUGAUCAUUGUGAUUACUCAGAACUUCUCAGUAGUAAUAAUGUUGCAGUUUAUGGAGGACUAUGUGCUCUGGCAACAUUUGAUCGGUCUGAAUUACAGAAACAAGUCAUAGUUAGCAGUUCUUUUAAAUUAUUCUUAGAACUAGAGCCACAGUUACGUGACAUCAUUUUUAAAUUUUAUGAAUCUAAAUAUGCUUCAUGUUUAAGGUUACUUGAUGAGAUUAGGGACAACCUUCUCUUAGAUAUGUAUCUAGCACCACACUUAAAUUCACUCUAUAUGCAAAUACGCAACAGAGCACUAAUCCAGUACUUCAGCCCUUACCUCUCUGCUGACAUGCGCCUUAUGGCUGCAGCUUUUAACCGCACAGUGACUGCUCUUGAAGAUGAAUUAAUGCAAUUAAUACUAGAUGGCCAAAUCCAAGCCCGCAUUGAUUCACACAAUAAAAUACUGUAUGCUAAAGAUGUAGAUCAAAGAAGCACUACAUUUGAAAGGAGCCUGGCUAUGGGAAAGGAGUAUCAACGGAGGACAUCUAUGCUUAUUCUGCGUGCUGCAAUGCUCAAGAACCAGAUUCAUGUCAAGAAUGUUGGCCGUGAAACAGGUCCUCAAAGUGGAGAGGCUCCUGGCUCCAGCACCAGCCUCACUCCACGUGGCUUCGACCCUGUGCCGUUGUGAUGAAUUACCUCAUAAGCUAGCAAACAUUUUCCUUUCACAUGACAAUUUAAAUGUUACCUACCUUGAAUAACAUGACAUAUAAUUAAAUCUUAGUCACAGAAUAACAUAAAAAUGUUUCCACAUUUACAUUUUCAUGUGAAGAAAAAAAUUCAAAUAGAAUCCCUUUUUAAGUACUGAUAAUAUUUGCUUGUAUUUGUUUACUGAAAAUGCAGAUAUAGAUCUGUAUUUCAGCAAAUUUGCCAAUGUAAAAUGCUGGUAUCGUUUUAAGGAAAAUGUUGAAUUAAAAUGGCUGGUGCAAGCAUUAUUCACAUUGUUUAUACAGAAUUAUUCAUGUAACCAAUAAUUAUUAUGUCUACGUAAUUUUUAAUAACAUUAAAAGUAAAGCCAUACU